GGUUGGGCGGCCCGGCCCCGAGGGCACGCUUUGGUGUCCAAGGCCACUGACCUGGGUGUGGGGCACUGCUGGGGAGGGGGAACCUGGAGGCCCUGCCGGCCAAGGCGAUAGGGUCCCUAGCAGACCCGGGAGAAGACGUGGCUGGGCCAGGAGCAGGAGUUCCUGGCCAGAGCGCUGGUGUUGGGCGAAGGACAGGCACUCUCAGGGUUCGCGUGAAUGGAAGGGGACAGGGGGCCCCAGAGUUUGAGUUUGAGCAUAAUUUGGGACUUGCCGUGGCACUGGGUGGGUUGAUGAGUCAUGAUAUUUGGAGAUCACAAACCCUUUUCCUGGUGAUCAGUGAUGGAAGUGAAAAAGGCUGGGAUUUGGAGAAGUGGCUCGGAGGCCAUGUCUUAGGACACCAAGUGCUCUGGUGGCCGCCAGGCCCUGUGUGAGGGACUUCGGGAGCUCGGUCCCAUGGCGAUGUGAUUCAGAGGCUUCUGCCCUGGGUGGGGAUGAGAGGCCUCUGUGGUGGUCUGUUCCCAGCCCUCCUCCCUCUCCAGGCUGUGGGGAUCCAGCUGUGUUCCUGUGGGGAGGGGGGCAAAAUUCCUCCAGCCUCCAGCCGGCUUUCCAGCACCCACCAGGGGCAGGAGGGACAUGUACAUGCGUGACUGCAGCAGCAUUCGCUGUCGUGGAGCCCUCGCUUCCUCACUGUUGCCAUAGUAACUGCCUAUUGAUGGAGUAUUUAUAGGGGAAAGAAACAGGCUAAAUUUGGGGAGGGGGAAGAGGCCUCCUGGCAGACUGUGGCAGCAGGGAUGGUGGCUACAGAAUCACUAAUGGGGUGGGUGAUGCCAUGCGAGCUGCUUUGGGGCGAUCUUGGCUUCUUUGGAGCUGAAGAACGAAUUACCGACUUUUGAAGGUGCCAGCAUCAUACCCAUUUGGGGCUAUGCGAAACAUGGGCGUGUGAGACCCCAAGUCCGCGUGUUCGGGACAAAAGAUGGCUCUGUGGAAGCUGUUAUGUAAUUUUUUUUCCAUGUAAAAAAAUUAAAAUCCUGCAAGUUCUCUUUUGGUAGGCAAUCAGACAGUUUUCCUUAUUAGUAAAUCCUUCACUCACUCUUUUCCAACCGAGACACAAACUCCAUUUGCUUUCAGCCCAGGCUCCUUGCUGCUGGGCCCUCCACCUCCAUCCCCUUGGCACCCACCCCUUCUGAGACCCACAAAGGAAGGAGACUUGCAAUAAUGUCUGGCCUUUGCCCUGGGAGCAUCAAGGGACAUUUCUCUCCCAGUGGAACCCCCAUCUUUGGCAGUGUCACAGUCCCACGUUGAGAGCUUUUGAUAGGGUCGUUGUAGCCUUCAAAAAAGGGAGCCCCCAUGACACAGGAGCCCAGAUGGUGACAUGGGAUACCAGAUGGAUGGGGCGUUCACUGUUUACCCUUAGUUGUCAGUGAUCUGUUGUAUCCUACCUGUUUGCCAAAAGGAUUAGAGGCUAUGUUACAAACGUACAGCGAAGCUCUGAAAACAUGAAUAGAAAACUGUGUACCUAGUCCUAGGAGAAAAGCAUCUAUAGCUAACAACUGGGCUUGCGGGGCGCUUGUGCUUGAAGGUUCAUGUUAACAAUGAAUUCCCUGGCAGCCUGAGCAAAAAGGGCAGCAUACUGAGUUACAUGGCUCACGUGUCUUGCAUCCCUUUAGUCAUAAAAUUCGAGCUUCUGCCUGGGAGGGGAACAGCAGUGAUUGCUCCCAGAUGUGGAUGGCUUUGCCAGCUCUCCAGAAUAUGUGUGUGCGGCAAGGAAGGGCAGAAGGAGUGAUAUGCUGUGCCUGCGGCUCGAAUCCUGACCAUAGAGGGUUUUAGCGGGAGAAAGGCUUUAGGAUAGCAGCUUACAUGACAGGCAACAUUUCUAGUUAGCAUCUAAGGCUGUGUGUGUGUGUGUGUGUGUGUGUGUGUGUGUGUGUGUGACUGGAGAUCUAACCCAGGGCCUAACACAUACUAGACAAGAGUUCUAGAUCUAACCCAGAUCUAACACAUACUAGACAAGAGUUCUAGCGUGAGCUGCAUCACCAGCCCUGAUCCUUUCAAUCCCCAUCUUGGCACUCUGCUACGCUGGUCUGUAUUGCAAAAAGAGGGGAGUCUGGGAGUCUCACCUCCCUGUCUUGUGAAGACUAACGUAGAGAAUUUGUCAUGUGGAUUUGUUUGUGCUAAUGGGUCCGGUUGUUGUCAGGCGUAGAGGCUCUGACCCUGAAGAACAGGUGUUCACUGAAGGCCAUUGUUGGCCAGUUCCAGAUGGGCCUGGACAUUUGAGAUGUCUGUUGCUGCUGCAAGACAUUUGGUUUUCCGGGAUGGAGCUUGCCAUUGGAGGGUCUGGAGUGGCCAUUGUGAUCAGCUCAGGUCCUACCUCUGUCACAGCUCAGCUGCUUGACGUCGCCUCCACCUGUCUGGCCUUCGAUUUCUCUUCUGUCUCAGGUCUUUUCUGACUCAAAGGCGCGGCACUCUCUGGAGGAACUGAGACUCUGGAGCUGAGGGAGCGCCAUGGCAGUGUUUCUGGAAGCCAGGAAUGCACAUUCUGUUCUGAAACGCUUCCCGAGGGCCAAUGAGUUCCUGGAGGAGCUGCGCCAGGGCACCAUCGAGCGCGAGUGCAUGGAGGAGAUCUGCAGCUAUGAGGAGGUCAAGGAGGUGUUUGAGAACAAGGAGAAAACGAUGGAGUUCUGGAAGGGGUACCCAAAUGCAGUCUACUCGGUCCGAGACCCUUCGCAGAGCUCUGACGCCAUGUAUGUGGUCGUGCCCCUUCUUGGGGUAGCGCUGCUGAUUGUCAUCGCCUUGUUCAUCAUCUGGAGGUGCCAGCUGCAGAAAGCCACCCGUCACCACCCCUCCUAUGCUCAGAACCGGUACCUAGCUAGUCGCGCCGGGCACAGCCUGCCCCGGGUCAUGGUGUACCGGGGUACUAUGCACAGCCAGGGAGAGUCCUCGGGGCACCGGGAGGCGGGGAGCACCCCGCAAGUGAUGCUGGGGCCCAGCCGGGGGAGCAGAGCCACGAUCCGGCUGGAGAGCACCCUCUACCUCCCGGAGCUCUCUCUCACCAGACUGUCUAGUGCCACCCCUCCGCCCUCCUAUGAGGAGGUGACUGCACCCCAGGAAGGUAGCAGUGAGGAGGCCAGUGUCUCAUACAGCGACCCGCCCCCGAAGUAUGAGGAGAUAGUGGCCGCCAGCCCAGGUGCAGACAAGUAAUGAGGCCUGUGGCCUGGCCUGCCGGAAGCCUCUUUCAGAGGUUUCCUGUUUUCUUUGGAACUUUGGAAAGACUUUGUUCGCCACCACAAAACAGCCUUAGCCUCCUUGUUGCCAAAUAAUUCCCAAACCGUGGAUUUUUAGGAAGCCAGUCAUCAGAGACAGGGUGGGUGGGGGUACGGAACGUGCAUGACUCAAGCCCCCAAGAAGAGCUACCAACUCCAGGUCCCGGCUCUUCUAGAAGUCCCCCCUCCCAUCCUGUCCUCCCAUCCGAGACUAGCUUCUCUUAUGCCAAAGGAAUCAUCCUGUUGUGUUGAUUGUGGCUGGAAUGUCCCCAGGUUCAGCCGCCUGGGCCUUGGGGUGGUAGCCUGUCUAUGCCUGGGGUGCUAGGCGACAGAGGAGAGGGAGAGAAGCCAGCUCUGCCACACUCCUUCUCCUCCACGGUUCCAUGCCCUCUGUCCUCCUGGUGCGAGGACAGGGACGAGGAUCGUGUGAGGGACAAACCAAGUAAUAACAAAGAACCAAUAGUGGACACCAUAGAACCAAACGGUAGCCACUGGGCCAUGCGUGUGUCGGAAACUGAGGGAAAUCAGUUGCACAGAUCUGUGAUGGGCCCCUCCCCCGACACCCACCCCUCACUCCUGACCAAGCCUGCGACAACCUGGUGAGAACACGGUGCGUGAAGGGCACGGGGCAGGGGGCUGGGUGGCAGGGUUCCUUCCUUCAUAGUCACCAAGGGGCCCGCGUGAACUCUGCCAUCCUGUGUUUGGUGUGCUUGGCCCCCCCAGAUCUGUGCACCUGCCUUGCAUGAGUCCAUCACAGCCCUAGAGUGCUUUGUUCCUGGGGAAAGCCGAAGCGCCUGACACUGCCCACAGCCUGAGGCGCCUGAGCAGUCAGGACACAGGCAGGACAGAGUGAAACUUCCCUCCGUGUGAUUGCUCCAACCAGAGGCCGGUUACCCCUGAGUUUGGCCACCUCAGUCCCUGAGCUCCUAGCUUUGAACUUUUAGGAUACUUCCCUUUUUGUGCAUGGGGGCGAGGAACUUGAGCUUCAGAUGGGUGAUUUCUCCCUAACCAUGGUGCCCAUGUCAGAGAGAAGAGCCUCAAGUGUCUCCCUAAAAAUCUCUUUUCGGGCACCGUGACCUGGGGUUGAAGGCCUAUUGAGGCUUUGGUCUGCCAUGGCCAGGUGCUGGUCUGUUUCAGUGAGGCUUGGGAUGGCAGUUGGGCAGAGGUGACCUGCCCUGUAACUGACCACAUCAAAGACAUUGUUGAUGCCAUCUCUUCCCUCUCCUAUUUCUGUCCUCUUGGCCUGGCCUCGGUGCCAAAUCAUUUUUCAUCUGUGGUGCUUUAAAAAAUGUAGCAACCUUUUGUGGGGCCCAAAAGAGUGCAAGGCGGGGUCAGUUGACAGUCACAGUGGUUUCAAACUCACUGAGUGGACCAGCUUCCUGUCUGAAUGGCUCUCCAAGGUCACUAGGCUCAUUUCUUGAAUGCAGCUCUGCCUGAGGCUGUGGAUAACUUCUGGAGGCCUCUGGGACCCGGGGACUGUCCCCAGGCUGUAUGUCCAGUCCAAGGGUUGUGUCCUAUCCCACUCAGAUAACUGGACCAGGUCUUGACGGUUUUGUCCUUCCCCCUACCUCACAGGUCCACUGGAGGCUGACUGGGCUCUUAUUUGUGAAGUGCUUGGAGCCCUGUGGAGCAGAGGGCUUUGCCCUUGGAAAGAUGCUUCUAGAAAUGUACAGGUUCCAUUUUGACUGGGGGCCUCGUCUGCCUCUGAUACAGUCUCCACCUGAGAGGAGGCAGUCUCCUGCCUGACCCUUUCUGUGCCCUCCAGCUCUUGGCGAGUUCUGUGAUGCCAGAGAUGCCAACCAUGCGGCGUUCCACCUUUCCUCCCUUCCUUCCCCCUCCCCCGGGCCUCCAGCACUAUCCUCCUGGCCUUCCUCCUGAAGGGAGUUUUGGCCUAGAAAGCCUCUGCUUUUUCCAUGACGGGGCCCGGGCCCAUGGUGGCCAUGUUGGAGGGCCUUGGGGAGCCAGAAGCUUGGGACUCGAGCCCUCCCAGAGUUUUCUCAAGUGGGUGCCUAAGUGUGGCGUGCAGCAUCUGAGGAAAGGUUUGUCCUCCUUCCCCGGACCAGAGCCAGAGGGAAUGUGUGCCCAGGAAGGCCAGUGCCAUACGCAUCUGCCGAGUAGCCCGAGGCUGGGUGGCCUGGGAUGAAGAGAAGCCUGGGGCGUGGCUGUAGGGAGAGCCUGAGGCUGCUUGCUCCUGAAGGCCUGCGGCCUAGACUGCCCUUCUUGGAGCUCUUCCUGGCCAGGCUGUGCCCAGGGCCCCCGUGGCAUUUGCAGUUUGUUGGGGGAAAGGGACCACAGCGCACACAACAGGCAGAACUCCUCGAGGGGCACACAUGGCUUUUCCGAAUGCCCUGUAUAUAGCUUUUCAAACUGUCUUUGAAUGAGCAUUGGUUUUGUAUGUUAACACUGCAGUGGCCACAUUUUUGUUGUUUUGGGACUCGUGCACACGCGUGGGUGCGUGUAUGUGUACACAUGUGUGCACAUCACCUUUUUCUCACUGCUUACCUGAAACGAUAGCCGGUGUGCGGCUGUAUUUCUAACAGGAGGCAUCUGUCAGAAGGGAGGAAAGUCCCCUCGCCACUGGGGAUGGACAGCUUCAUGCCAGAGCCCUGAGUGAGGAAACCGAGGUUAGCCAUUGGAAGCCCCCAAAGUCACCGCCUUCUGUCCCCCCUCAAAGGCUCUGGAAGAAGAUGGAGCAGAGCCAGCCCUGGGGGGUCUCUCACGGCCGUGUGCCACAGUGCCCCCUCCUCCUCACUGCUGUUCUGUUGGCCUAGGAGCUGAGGGAGCUCUGAGCACUCCUGCGCCCCUCUCUUUUUCUCUCUCUUCCUUCUCCCUCCGUCCCUCCCUCCAUUUCUUUUCUUUACUUUUCUUUCACAGAAAAAUGAGUGACUAUUGACUUUGGAAAUGCUGGGCUAGUUAUUAAGAUAUUUUUUCAUUCAAGAAGAAAAGGCUUGAAAAAUUCAUCAAAAUAGAACUGUCAUUUGUUUGCAACCAAAAACUUUUAAACUUUUGUAAAACACCAAUCACAGUCCCGCCCCUGCCACGGCCCAUGCGUUUUCCAAAUGAAAGCACAAGAGGAAGAGCGGGGUGCCAGGUGCCUGGCAUGCACACCCCGGCACAGCUGCCUCGCGUCCUGGCUAAGGCUGAGGAGUCACACCCAGGAGGCUGAGGCCCACUUCUACUUGCCAAUCCACUGCCAUUAGUGUGAAUUCCUUAGGGUGCUUAGAAAACGGGACUCUGCCUGAUGUGCUGGAUAGUGUCUUUUUAUACCCAAAUAUGAGGAAUUUAGGACAGGAAAGUGUCUAUUUUUGUUAAGUAGUGGGAGCCAGAUGUUUCCCUGCUUCCAGUGGGUGGAGACUCCCAGUCCCCAGGCAGAGUUGGUCUUUUGUCACCCAGCUGGCAUAUCCCAAGGAAAGAAAAUACCACCACUGCCUCUAGCUUGCUUUGUCGAGUGAGAGCGAGAUGGAAGAGAAAGGAUGCAGGAUCUGUCUUCCUGGGCCGGGCUGAGCCGCCCGGCUGGGUGCACCCAGCUGGGGUGGAGGACUCCGUUUCCGGACUUUGCCAACUCAGAAACAAGCACAUCUUCCCCUCCGGCGUCCUCCGCUAAUCCUUAUCGGCAUAAUUAGCUAAUUAAAAACUGCUGUAAUCAGGCUGCUUGGAAUGACAGUAAAAGCCCAUUAAUCCGAAACCCGCUAAUUUAAAACUUAAGAGAGAAAAAAAUCAUAAUUUCAAAUACUCUGCAAUAGCUGUGAUCCUUCCAACAUCCAUAAAAGUGACUGAGGUCAAGGGACCCCAAUCCAGUGUGGCUGGUGUCCUUAUCAAAACAAGAGAUCGGGACACAGAUAGGCACAGGGGGAAGACUGUGUGAAGACAGGGCAAAGAUACCUACCUGCACCCAGGGAGAGGGGCCUUAGAAGGAACCAGCCCUCCAGACGCCAUGCAUCCAUUUUCAGGGUCCUCUGUCAGAGGAAUCCAAUUUAAAACAAGUACCAUUUUCAAUGGAAAGGCUCAAGCUAUUAAGGAGUCCUUCGCCAUGCCUUCUGCUUUGGGGUUCAGCGGUUUACAUCUGUAAGGCCCCUGGGCAGGGUGAUCUCUUGUCCUCCCUCCGUCAUGGGGACUUGGGAUGGCGCAGCCUUUUCUUCCACUCCUGUAUUUAUCCUGCGAAUAUUUCAUUUGUGAACUUGAGUGCAAUCUAAACCCAAGCGUGCGUCUUUCCACGUAUUCUAUAAUGUAAACGUUGCACUAGCAGACUGGCUGCGCUCCUCAUUCGCUCUGGACUAUUCACACUGCAGGAGUUUCUCCUCUCACGGCUUCGGGAGUGAGUCUCUCUCACAAGUCUCUGGCGAGAAUUUCUCUGACAAAAAUAUCGGAACACCACACCCCCUCCAGCUCAAGGCUGCAACAGUUGUUCCCCGGUACUGGUGUCCAAGCGAGCGGGCUAAACAUUCACACAGAUCCGCGGGCACACCCACCCCAGCCGCGCUUCUGCUGCCGGUCACCCCCUCUCACAGAUGCCACUUUCCCAGGCCUGCACACACCUGCUAGCUCGCUCUGCGAUUGUGCAUUUGUGACAGUGGAAACCCUGAUACGCGCAGCCGAGCUUACGGAAAUAAUUACCGUGAAAUGAAUUCACUGUGGUACCACCUUCAACUGUGCUCGUGUCUUUAUGUGUUGACCCACGUCAGCUGGAAAAUCUGUCCCUUUAGUAAUCUGUCAGGAUUUCCCCGGAGCCUGGGGCCCGCCAGCGAACCUGCUUCUGAUCUCUGCUCUCUGCUCUGUUUACAGUUGUUGAGUUUAGCUGUUAACUUUUGUCUCUUUCUGUACCAGAAGAUAACAUAUAAUAAUAAAGAGCAAAUGGCAUCCA